CAAGCGUUUGCUUAAGAAAAUACUGAUCUAGGUUAUCUCAACAAACGAAUACACAUAGGCUCACUUUAUCUUUGAUCCCUUUCAACAAGGAUCAUGUGGCUGAAACUUGGUGUGGCCUUGGCAAUUGUAGUAGGCCUCGCUUCUGCAGCCAAGCCUUGUGUCCCUCGGGAGUUCCACCGAACCAGUUUCGUUUGCGUGUGUAACAGUACCUUUUGCGAUGAAGCUGAUCCCGUGGAGGCUUUGCCAGUUGGUCAAGUUCUCAAGGUGACCACGGAUAAGAUUGCUAAUCGAUUCACUGAAGUUGUGACCUUCUUCAACAAUGGACAAAUCGAUGAGAACCGCCCUCAAUUGGUGAUCAAUCGGGAUGAGGUGGGCCAGCAGAUCAAAGGCUGGGGGGGAGCCUUCACUGAUUCAGCCGCCAUCAAUAUUGCCUCUCUCAACCGCUCUGCGCAAGACCUUCUCGUUGAGGCGUAUUUUGCCAAAACUGGCCUGGAUUACAACAUAGGACGGGUGAACAUUGGGGGCUGUGACUUCUCUACUCGACCCUAUACUUAUGUGGACACUCCUGGCGACGUGGAUUUGGAAACAUUUGCUUUGGCCGAGGAAGACACAGAUUAUAAGAUCCCUUUGAUCAAGAAAGCAGAGUCCGUGCGAGGGAAAAAGUUGAAGCUCUUUGCCAGUCCUUGGACCGCUCCUCCGUGGAUGAAAACCAAUAAUGAUUAUACCGGGAUUGGUUAUCUCAAAACCGAAUAUUACUCAGCUUGGGCCAACUAUUUUGUCAAAUUUCUCGAUGACUACAAGCGAGAAGUUGUUCAAUUUUGGGGCCUCACCGCUCAAAAUGAGCCUCUUCAUGGAAGUGCAUUUGAUUUUAAAUUCAAUUGCAUGGGCUGGAAUGCCAGCCAACAACGGAUUUUCGUGGUAAAUAAUCUGGGUCCCGCUCUAGAAUUGGCUGGAUAUGGGGAUUUACAAUUGAUGGUUUUCGACGACCAACGGUCCUUUUUGUCCGAUUGGGCUGAUGAGGUCAUGUCCGAUCCAAAGGCCGAUGCAUACAUCGAUGGCUUUGCGGUUCAUUGGUAUCUUGACAAUUGGGUGGACCUUCCAUUUGUGCUCAAUUUGGUCCACGAGAAAUAUCCAAAUAAAUUUAUUUUGUAUUCAGAGGCUUGCAACGGGGAUGUGGAGCCAGAAGAUGUGAGUUUGGGAUCAUGGAACCGUGGUGAGAAAUAUCUUCACAAUAUUCUCGAGAACAUCAACUACCAUGUCGUCGGGUGGACCGAUUGGAAUCUGGCUCUCGAUCUUCAAGGAGGUCCAAAUUGGGCCGGAAACUUUGUGGAUGCACCCAUAAUCGUUAAUCCCGAGGCCGGGGAAUUCUACAAGCAGCCCAUGUACUACGCCCUGGGCCACGUGACUCGUUUCAUGCCCGAGGGCUCAUUCAAAAUCCAAGUGAAUGAGGUCAACGGAGUCUCCCACUUGACCUUUGCCGCUGUUGAAAGGCCGGAUGGAGGGGUGGCUUUGACACUCAUGAAUAGAGACCUUGAAAUCCCCCGAUCCAUCGUUAUCGUUGAUCCCGAACAAGGAUACCUGGAUGUGGAAGUGGCACCGUCAUCUAUGCACACUUUCGUUUAUUGGAAUUAAAAGUGUUCCAAGAUCA